AAUCUCUUUUAAAUUGACGAAGACUUAGCUUAUUAUUUAUUCACCACCCUAGUCCUCUGGACUUAAUUAACCAACUCUUCAAAGAUAUUCUUUCUAAAGAGCAAAAUGGGUGAUCAUCAAAUAGUUAUUGAUCUUUUAACACCCAACGCGACUUCAACUGAAUCAACUCAUGAACGAAGGAAACCUUCCCGUCAUCUCCUUUCUAGUGAGCUCACUCUCCUUCACCUGCUCUUUCGCAUAUUCUUUGAGGGAUAAUAGUAUAUUCGUCCUUGAGGUUUGCUGAAAGAGAAAAUUCAAACCUUUAUCUCAACAAUUGUGUGCCUCUUUAUAAGGCUGCAUUAAAAGGUGACUGGACAAGUGCCAAAAAAUUGUUAGAAAAAGAUCCAACGAUGUUAUGUGCCAGUAUCACAAAGGGACAUGAAACUGUUCUUCAUAUUGCGGCAGGAGCCAAACAAACUGGCUUUGUAGAGGAGCUGAUAAAGUUGAUGCAACCGAAAGACCUGACUCUGCCGGACCAAAAAGGAAACACGGCCUUUUGUUGCGCCGCUGCAGCAGGAGCUGCCGGAAUUGCUAGGAUUAUGUUGAAGAAGAAUCCCGAUCUUUUGACAAUUCGAGGUGGUGAAAAGAUGAUGCCUGUGUUUUUGGCUGCUCUUUUAGCACAAGCGGAGAUGACAUAGUUUUUAUAUGAUGAAUUAUCUCAAGCGAAUCAUGUUUUCAAGUGGAACAACGAAGUUGCUCCAUUUUUCACUUGUCUCAGCAAUGGUUUAUAUGAUCUCGCAUUAAAAAUGCUAAAGGAUGAUCCAGAAUUAGCUGUGGCACGUGAUAUAAAUUGUGAGACUGCCUUACAUGUUUUGGCCCGAAAACCUUCAAUAUUUUCCAACAAAAAUCAAGUCUCAGGAUUAAUGAAGUUGAAUCGCAACAAGGAUUUUGAAUCAAAUCCAGCUCUUCAAUUAGUCAAAUGCCUGUGGGAAGAAAUGUUAAAACAAUAUGACUUGGAGCUAGCAAAUCUAACACAAACACCUUCAAAAUUCAUUUUUGAGGCUGCAAAAUUCGGAAAUUCCCAAUUUUUGGCUGAGCUCAUUGGCCGUUAUCCUGAUUUGAUGUAUCAACUUGAUGAACAUGGUUACAGUAUAUUUCACAUUGCAGUUCUAUACCGUCAUGCCAACGUAUUCAACCUAAUAUAUGAGAUAGGUUUCACUAAGGAGUUGUUUGUGACUUGUGAAGAUGAGGAUCAGCAGAACAAUAUAUUGCAUUUGGCUGCAAAAUUACCACAUCCAAGUAGAAUUGGUAUCGUAUCAGGUGCAGCUCUACAAAUGCAGCAAGAAUUAUUAUGGUUUAAGGAGAUAGAAAAAAUAGUGCAACCUUCCUUCCUAGAAAAGAAAAACUCAAAUGGCCAAACACCUCAAGAGUUAUUCACUCAGGAGAACAAAGAGUUAUUGAAAAGCGGAGAACAAUGGAUGAAGAAUACUUCUAACUCAUGUAUGUUUGUUGCAACAAUCAUUACCACUAUAAUUUUUGCAACGGUUUUUAGUGUACCAGGUGGUAACGAUAGUAGUAAAGGAUUACCUCUUCAUCUGAAAGAGACAUGGUUUCAAGUUUUUGUCAUAUCAGAUGCAAUCGCAUUGUCCUCCUCUUCUAUCUCAAUCCUGAUGUUUUUGUCGAUCCUUACAUCGCGGUAUAUAGAAGAUGAUUUUCUUGAGUUGUUACCAUUUAAAUUGAUGGUUGGACUCUCUAUACUCUUCAUAUCCAUAAUCACCAUGAUGGUAGCUUUUAGCACAACCCUUUUAUUAGCUUAUCAUGAUAGAUUAAAUUGUGUCACCAUGGUUACUAGUGUAGUUGCGUUUGUACCAGCCAUUCUAUAUGCUAUGUUGCAGUAUCCUCUCUUUGGAGAUAUAUUUUUUUCAACAUACCAUUCUAGGUUUUUGUUUAAACCAAGUAAACCCAUGUUCUAAUUUGCUUGAACUUGAAAGUUUAUUGUAUUGUAUUAAUCAUGCAAUAAUUUUUUUCUCCUUAAAGUAAUU